AUGGCAACAGACUCUCAUACGAUGGCUGAUGGAAACACAAAAGCAAAGUUCAAGACGCGUCAAGACGCGGUUUUUGCGACGUCACUUUCAGAUUCUGCCCCAUUGGCUUUAUCUUCGUCCGAACCCAACGACAAUCACGACCUCGUACAGUGCCCAGUGAAAACAAACCGUUCUGCCUUGAAUGUAACCGAUGCACUUUUGUAUGAAUCCACUGAGGCAGCGGUCGGUGAUGCUGAAGUUGCGGCGGGGUUCUCCGCAUCACAAGCCCAGAACCCACGCCAGACCCCGGCGACACGACACAAGAUGAGCUGUGGCACUCAGUCGACGACGCAGAAUAAUGAGGACCGUAGCAGCUAUGAUAAAUACCGGGCCAUAGACUACUCCUCUCACCCUCCUCUCGACAACCCCCAAGAUGCCGACGAUGCAAGCCCACUCCUGUCAACCGCCCCCCUUGACAGCCCGCCUCCGUCAUUACCAGAAGAAGACGACGAUGACACUGGUGGCGUGCUGUUUCGCCUGAGCCAGACAGAUGGAGGAGAAACCCAGAUGUCUGUGGAUAACGGGCCAGCCGCAGCUGACGCCGCCGAAUCCCAAAACUAUUUCCAGCGAGCGAUUCCCAUGAUGUUGCCGCCCGAAACCCCCGCCAACGCGAACCCCUUUGCUGGAAAAGGCCAGGGAACCCUCCUUCCCGGAUCGGAAAUGUUCAGACAUACACAGUUCUCGGCUGCUGCUAGAGCUGGCCUCAGUCCUACAUCAUCUCGGCCCUCUCCCAACAUGUUCGCACAUAACUCCAUUUCGCCAAACUUUGUCGACGCAUCUCCUCUUCAGGCUCGCGGCGCCCGUCACUCCCCGCCCGCCCCGACAUCAAGCCCUCAGCCGCUCACUGGCAGAUCAUCUUGUACUUCAGAUAUUGGGGAUGAUUUAGUUCCUCAGUACGGGCUUUGUUCUGAAGUGACAGAAAUCCCAGAGUCCCCUCAGCCAAAAUCCCACCGCGGACGGCGUGUCCUCACGAGACCUGUCGGUCAAUAUGAGCCCAUGAAGGACUCGCAAGAGAGACGAGAACGAGCGGAGCAUAGACCUGAUCGAAAGUCUGACCCUGAUUGGAGCGACGACGAUUUCGUGUCUGGCCGAAUCCGAUCCAGGAGAGUCGCCGGCAUCCAAGCACUGAAGUCAACAGCCUUGAACCGAAAAAAUCCUAGGGAAGAUGAGGUGGAGGUCCCCUCUACAAACAAGAAGAAGCGCUCUACGUCCGGGGACUUAGAGAGAUAUCCUGCUGAACGCCGUGCGAAAGGUGCUUGCUCGGAUGAAAGCACUCAAGAUCUGAGUACCCCUGGCGCUCAUAGCGUGACGGACUCACAAGAGCAGGUCCCCACGGAAGCCAACACAUCCAGUCGUGAGGCAAUACCAGAAACAAGUCCUCCUCGUGUAGCCUCAGGGCGUCAAGGUCGUUCACCAGCGGCAGAGAACUCGGUGGAUCAGUCAUAUUCCCAGCUACCCAGCGAACUAGCCAUAACUGCAAGCAUAAGUGCGCCGUCCACGAAGGCAAAGUCCUCGUUCAUACCUGCCAGCACAGUCCCAGCUUCUGCAGUUUCAACGCCCGAGACUGGCAUGAAUACAAGACCAAGGAAACGUCGCGAAAAAUCAACCCCUUUAAUACCACUUAGCAGUUCCGCCGGCACACUCGAUCUUCCUCGGAGAGAUCAUAGUCCAGGACAACAAGAGCACUUGGAUGAACAGGGGUCUCCCGCGAGUUCCCCCGCGACAGUAAACCCUCAAAACACCAUGUCAGACCUAAGCAGCCUUGGGACAACACCAGGACAAUCCAAUGAAACGACGCCCGCAACAGAAGACUCUGUUGCUCCUGGUGGAGUCGAGGCUGAUCCCAGGAUUGAAUCCUCGCCAGCCGAUGUCAAAUCGCGUCGGCGUGUUUUGACAAAGACGUGCUCAAGUAAACCUACGAAUGCAAGCCGUUCAACCCGAACAAGUCGAAAAUCAGGCAUUCGAUCCCCAACAUCCUCGCUGGACGAGCUUGCUGGAUCGCCCGCAUUUGCACAGGCUCCGGGACACAAUCUGCGUGCUUCUCGUCUGGGGAGAACCAGCGUUAGCACGACUUUCGAACGUGCACCCACUAGUACGCCGAUCAGGGGUCCCAAGAUAUUUGACUCAAUGGUUUUUGCGAUCUCCUUUUCAUCAAAGAAACCGCGCGAUGGAGUUGAGUACAACGGAAUCACAGAGCAAGUAUCAACCAUCGAGAAGAAAAUCCAACAAGCGGGCGGCAGAGUUCUCAAUAAUGGCUUUGAUGAGCUCUUCGAGUCGCAACCGGUCCAGAACGCCAUAGCGGAAUCCGAGGAGGAUGAAACAUCUCCGGCGGAUUCAGAUCUCAGACUAACACCUACUGCGCGCUCGACUGGUUUCACAGCCCUCAUUGCGGACAGUCAUCAUCGCAAAUCAAAGUAUAUGCAGGCCCUUGCUCUUGGUCUACCAUGUCUCUCGGCCCGGUGGGUGACAACUUGUAUCGCAAAGGGAAAGGUUGUUGACUGGGAGCCCUACCUAUUAUGUGCCGGUCAGUCUUCCUUCCUGGGAGAUGCAUACCGAUCCAGAAAUUUGCUACCAUAUGAUGCCGUCACGGCAAAACUACAAGAUGUGGUACAGAGACGAUCCCGUCUGCUGGCCGACAGCAAAAUUCUGAUUGUGAUGAAGAAAUCGGAAGAGGUCAAGAAAAUGGCCUACAUUUUUCUCGCAAGAGCUCUGGGUGCAUCCGUUUCACGCGUCUUCACGGCAGAUGAGGCACGUGAGAGUCUCCGGGAUGCCCAAGAUCGUGGAACCCCAUAUGACUGGGUUUAUGUCGGCAAGAAGUCCAUCACAGAUCAACUGUUUGAGGAGACCCCGGAAGCCAUCUUUCCCAUGCUUAAAAAGGGCAAAAAGCGCAAGAGAACCUCUGCCACAGACAUUUCUGCGAAUCCAUCCGCCGCCCCGCCGCCCAAGAGGAUCCGCACACUGAGCGAUGAGCUUGUCGUCCAGAGCUUAAUUCUCGGCAGACUCAUAGAAUCAGAGGAGAUGGAGGAGUGA